AUUUGUUUCAUCUGCGGAGAAGAUGAAACUGUAAGGUACCUGCUCCAAUUAGUUGGUUGAAAUGCUAUUUUUAUUGCCAUUUAAUGUGCAUGGUCCAUCGUCUGUAUUUUCUAAACCCUUCCCGAAGCUGUAAAGAGCGAACUUUCCGAAUACGGAUAUUUUUUUGGCACCCAUGACCGAAACAAUGGCGUUAAGUGGAAACUCUAGAGCUAAAGACAGCAGUUUUCCCGACGUUAUUGAACUAAACGUCGGGGGCCAAGUGUAUUAUACCCGUCACGCCACGUUAAUCAGCAAUCCCGGCACCCUUUUGGGGAAAAUAUUCUCUCCUAAAAAUAACGCAUCGAAUGAUCUGGCCAGGGACCCCAAAGGUCGUUACUUCAUCGACCGGGAUGGGUUUUUGUUCAGAUACGUGUUAGACUACCUCAGAGACAAGCAAGUUGUCCUCCCUGACCACUUCCCUGAGAAGGGAAGGCUGAGGAAAGAAGCGGAAUACUUUCAAUUGCCAGACUUGGUUAAACUCUUAACCCCAGACGACUUGAAGCCCAGUCCCGACGAAUACAUCCACAGUGAUUACGAGGACGGCUCUCAAGGAAGCGACCAGCGGAUGUGCCCUCCACCGUCGCUCGUUCCCGCCGACAGAAAAAGCGGGUUCAUCACAGUCGGAUAUCGCGGGUCUUGUACGAUGGGCAGGGAGAGUCAAACCGAUGCCAAAUUCCGGAGGGUGCCGCGGAUUAUGAUUUGUGGGAGGAUCGCGCUGGCCAAAGAAGUUUUUGGCGAGACCCUGAACGAGAGCAGGGACCCAGACAGGACCCCUGACAGAUACACGUCCCGCUUUUACCUCAAGUUCAAGCAUCUGGAGCGCUCUUUCGACAUGCUCUCGGAGUGCGGCUUCCAGAUGGUCGCCUGUAACUCGUCAGUGACGGCCUCGUUCGUCAACCAGCAUACUGACGACAAGAUAUGGUCAAGUUACACUGAGUACGUCUUUUACCGUGGCCCGUCUCGCUGGUCAUCUCCACCUUGUGACUGCUGCUGCAAGGGUCACAAAGGUGAAGGCGAAGGUGAGAGUGGAACCUCCUUCAACGAACUCUCCACCUCCAGCUCAGAGAGCCACUCCGAGGCCAGCUCCCCACAAGGUACCGUCAUCCGUGGGCCGGUCAGCCGACAGACGCACGUGCAAACGUUGGACAGGCCUCCCAAGAAAGGCCCCGUUCAGCAUCUCCUGCAGCAGCAGCAGUCCGAGCAGCGUCGCAAGAGCGACCUACUCCGGACGCUCACCGCAAGUUCCCGGGACACCAGCACCUGCAAGAAGCGGCCAGCGAAAGAAAAGUUGACUGUGGAAGAGGAGCUGGAGAAGUGCAUCCAGGACUUCCGCAAGAUCAAGAUUCCUGAGCAAUUUCCCGAGCGCAAGUACAUGUGGCAAGCCGACCUCCUGCGCAAAUACCGUCUUUGAGGAACGCGCAAGCUACAAUAGCAUACGUGUUCACUACUAAUACUACAACUACUAUUGCUAGUACACACCACACUUCUACUGCCUCUGACUUGUUGUCAAUGUUGCUCAAUAACCCGAGCAACCACUUCAUCUGCUCGAACGCUAAUUGUUUACUUGUAAACACCUACAUUUUUGUAGAGUUCCAGAGAGACACAAGUGUUUUCGAAAGACGCACAACUACUUGUCUCUUUGGUUUCGGUCUCCCUUGCUGAGUUACACUUUGUGUGUAAUUGUGUUUGUUACAACUGAAUUUUUGACCUCGGUAUGUUAGUGUCACGGCGAUUGAGUUGAGGUGGCCCAGAGGUUGAAAGAUGAAUGUGUAUCCACCUCAUAAAUAAUGCAUGUGGUCCCAACUGUGCCCUUUCUAAGAAUAGCCACUGCCUUGGCGGAUGUGAGAGUGGGUUUCCAUUUCAGCACACUGAGAAAUACAGAAGACCAUGGAGCCGACCGUGUUCUCCCUUUUUCGGAUUCUCCACGUUCCAUUUUCAUAUCUCACCCAAGCUACAAUCAAAGACCCCUCCGCAUACAGUCACGGCAUAAAAGGGUUGUGGGUGGAAACUCAAUACCAUCACAUAAAGGCUUUGAAACUGCUGCCUGCAACAUAUUGAUUUAAACAUGAUAUUCCAAAUGGGAGUAGAUGAUGGCUUACUCCUGAGGUCAAAGGUUAAAUAUGGAAAGUUUGGACAAUUCAUGACAAUAACAUGAAAGGGUUAGGGUUAUAUCCUCGAAGCAAUCACACAUUGAUCAACAUGAACAUAGUUUAGGGUUGUGCAAUCGUUUUGCUGAACACAUUUUACUGUUCAUUCCAUCACUAAUAAUAGUGAGCGAAUAUGGGAAAGGAAAGCUUAGAUAUAUUUUGUUUAAUUUAACUUUUAACAUUUUGCAAGGAUUUUCAAGGAUUUUCGAAACCAAUAUAAGCACCAUAAGUUGCUGCUACUGAAUUUAUUUUAAAACUAUGCUAGACAGACCUCGGUGUAAGGAGAAAGGAUUAAUAGCUUACAAUAACAUUUAAAUAAAAAAUAAAAUAAUGCCACAUAUUUAUUUUCAAACUGUUAAAUUACAAUUGAUAUUUAUGGAAGAUGAAAACAUUAUCUGCCUCUUUAUCAUUCAUUUUCACAUAUUUCUUUUUUCACUACUUUCCUAUACUUUAUACCUUAACUGUCUAAGAUGAACAGCCUUAAACUGAGUUUACCUUAAAAAUGCUUUUAAUGUUACAUAAUUAAUUACAAAAAUGUGACUAGAUGUUCAAAGAGAGGCACGUAUGUUUGUACAGUACAUCACAUCUUCACAGAUUUUAUGUAUAAGAUGUGAACCUUUUGAUUUGAAUUGCAGUCUG